AAUAUUCUUGUCAAUUCAUUUUCCCACAACAAACAAAUAUGUUAAUUCAUCAAUUAACACAUUUUCUUCUACUAGUUUAUGUCUUUUAUUUUUCAUGUUGUCACAUGUCCUUACUGGAGGAUGUGAGCAUGUGUUGGUGUUUGAAAGAGGCAAAGACACUUCUGGAAAUGAAACCGCCCCUAAACUGGUCGUAUAUUAUCGACUAAGUGAUGACCAAAAUAGUUCUUACUGAGCAACUCAACCAAGGAAACCUCAUCAACACUGUUAUCGUUCUGUGCCAAACACAAGAAGGUCCGACAGAGAAUGGCUCCACUUCUGUUUCUCCUCAUUUUGUUGCCUACAAUUGAAGCUUCACUGGAGAGACAACAUCUCUUCCACACGCGUGGCGAUGAAGCCGUUCUUCCCUGUAACAUCGUAUCUUCAUCUACGAGGUGCUCCAUGGUUACGUGGAUGGUCAACCGGGCUCAGAAGGAGAACACUGUUACUCUGCACAAUGGCUUUGACAGUAUCCCGGGUCUGAGUCUGGGCAGUAACUGUUCUCUGCUCAUCACCAACGUCAGCGAUGAAGAUGCUGGUCGGUACUUCUGUGAGCUGAAGAGCAGUCGUCAUCAAAAAGCCUUACCUGUGAUUCUCACCGUUUUCACCGUCUCUUGGCUCCCAGCAGACCCAGUCGGGGGCCUGGUGAUAGAGUGCGCUCUGGAAAGACCCUUUUUGUUCAGCUCCUGUGUGGACAGAAGGUUCCGUUGGCUGGAUAAAGGGACAGGAGCUGUGCUGUCAGGGGAAGACGUCUCGUUCAACAACACAGGGGACAGAUGUGUCUCCUCUCUCCAUGUGGACAGGCGCCACAACAGGAGUUACACCUGCCAGUAUGUUAAUGGGGACAUGCAGGUGCAGAUACAGGCCGACUACACACCGGCCGCCAAUAAAGAUUCCUCAGGUUGCUCCUGUUCCUUCGGUUCCUCAGAGUCCUCAGAUCUCUCAGGUUCCUCAGGCUGGUCUCCUCUGAGCUACGUGAUGUUGACUGUGCGUGUUGCAGGACUGAUCCUCCUGGUCACAAUCACUGCUCUUAUGAUCAGAGACAGAGGAAACUGAAAGCCGCUGGAAGACGACCAAUCUCACUCAGACUAAGAAUUCUGCCUCCUGGUGGUUUCUGGAACAUCUGGUCAAACUCUGUGUCGUCAUGGAGUUUGACCUGAAGCAGAUUCAGCUCUGUGUGGCCUCGCUACACCAUCGUAUCUAUAAAUGUUCAUGUAAUCUCUAUACAGCCUCAACAUAUAUAAAAUGUCAUGCAAUAAUUGAACCUGUGAAUCAAAGAAAUGUGCUGUACAAUUUAAAUUACUUGAAAAACAUGAAUAAUAACAUGGUUACUAUCACUUGACAUAUGCUGUUUUAUAAAUAAAGUUGACAUGGAUCCAUGAUAAGGUGAUAAAGUGGCCAAUCAGCCUUGGUGGAGGAAUGUGCACUUCUAUUUUCAGAAAUUACUCAUAAACGAUAGUGAAAGGAUGAACACAUGUUGGUGCCAAUCCUCUUUAGCUAUGUUUUUUUUAAUGCUUUUGGUGCAGGAAUACAACAAACAAUGUAGUGUGGUGAAGAAAAUGAAUAAAUAAAUAAAUUCAAGGGAGAAAAUACAUAAAAACAAUAAAUGAGAGUCAUAAACUCAUGACAGAAAGUAACAGUAACAUAGGACAGGUAAUCUAGGCAAAUUAAAAGUUAAUUUUAUUGGUUUAAUUUCUCUCAUAAAUUUGUUUUUAAUGUAUAACAUGAAAUGUAUAAUUUCUCGUGAUAUUCUGUGAAAAUGUCUCUGUUGAUCGUCGGAGUCUCUCAUUCGACCUUUCACAGUUUGCGUUGUGUCAGGACUUAUGUAAGAGCUGAGUUCCUAGAGGUGAGCGAGAAGGUAAACAAGAGGCCGGACUCUGACCUGUGAUAAGGCCUGCAUGCACGGAGUCAGUGCACGAGCUAGGUGGGAGCUGGAUGUCACAUGAGUAACUUACAAAAUAGGAUAUGAGAGCAAACAGAUCCUCAAAACCAUUUAGACAACCAGUCAUUAUAUAUCUUGUGUUUUACUGAGAUAUGAAUAAAGACUGACUAACUUUUCCAUCGAUUUGAGCGAGAGCAGGAAUCAAGAGGGACAGCGAGCAGAGUCCUGAGCUCCUGAAGACGCCGUUUGUUGUAAUUGAAGUGGUCACAACUACCAACGGAGAAUUUACAGUUUCUAUUAAGUGCAAAAAUCAGAUAUAACAUCAUCUCUCUGAGGAGCCCCUCUGUAAUCAGGAUUUUACAUUUAAGUUUUUAUUGCCCACAUUAAUGGUGCUGAUCAUAUUCAUUCACUAUUUAACUGCAUCUGACUUUUCAUUUCCACGCCCUCCACCUCCUCCUCACAUACAGGGAACAGCACACAAUUUAUGGGGGGAGGGGAUGAGGGUUAAUCCCACACAUGGAGUCAGAUCCAGGUCGUCCUCUGAAACUCCCGGAGCUGGGCUGAAACGGAAGCGCUGCAGGAGGGUGACGAAGAAGAUGAAGAGCUCCAUCCUGGCCAGACUCUCUCCGAGACAAACCCUGCGAC